AUGUCUUUACCAGCUGGAGGUCAAGUUGAUAGCUCAUUGGCAGGAUGCUAUGUAGCAUCUCCAGUGAGGUUCAUGAUCUAUGGACAAGGAACUGCCAAGAAGUUGAACGAAGUAAUUGAGAAACUUGGAGCUUCGAAAGCUUUCAUUAUUACAGGACAAUCUUUAAGCACAAAAACACCAGUCAUCAAAGAGGCUGAAGCUUCCCUUGGAAGUGCUCAUGUUGGAACUUUCAACAAGAUUGGGCAGCAUGCACCAAUUGGAGCAAUUAGAGAAGCAACAGAGCUCGUCAAAUCUUCUGGAGCAGAUGUACUCAUUUCAAUUGGUGGUGGUUCUCCAAUCGAUAGUGCGAAAGCAGUAGCAUAUCAAAUACAUGAAGCUACUGGGAAAUGGAUACCUAGUAUUGCUGUUCCUACAACAUUGAGUGUUGCGGAAACGACACAGAAUGCUGGGUUCACGGCGGAGGAAAAGAAGAAAAUUGCUGUCAGCCAUCCUGAGCUGGUGCCGAAAGCUGUGGUAUAUGAUGGAGAUAUUGCACUUUACACACCUACAAAUUUAUGGACAAGUACAGGAAUCCGUUCACUUGACCAUGCAGUCGAACUGCUUUACCACCCCCUCGCUUCCGAAAUCCCCACAAAGCGCCUCGCGCUCGAAGCCAUCCGUGAUCUCUUCACCUACCUCCCUCUCUCAAAGUCUGAUCCUAAAGAUGGCACCGUUCGCCAAAAGCUUUUCUUGGCUUGCUACGCUUCUCUCUUUCCCUUCCUCUACACAGGCGGAGUUGGUCUAAGUCAUAGCAUUGGGCACGCUUUGGGAGCAACAUACUCUAUUCCUCACGGAAUCACGAGUUGUUUGACGUUAGCACCAGUGGUGAAUUUGAAAGCGAGCACAAAACCAGAUGAAGCAAAGAUGAUUGCCAGAGUUCUACCAUAUAUUGGGAAGGAGAGCACGGGCAGUGAUGAAGGGGAUGCGAAGUUGGUGAGUAAAGCGAUUGCGGAGCUGGUAGAGAACUUGGGACAUAAGUCGACUUUGACAAUGGUAAGUGAGAAUUAG